AGAAAGCACCGUCGAUACAACUGUGUUGUACCCACACUUUAUUUUUCUCUCGCCAGCUUCACAACGUUCUUUUCCUACAGGGAAGAAUAAACGAACCCGUACGUCUCGCACCACCCCACCCGUCAAAGCGUCGAUGCCGUCUGCCGUGAAUCUGGAAGGCGUUGCCCUGCACGGGCACAUGAAGGGUGUAACCAUGCUGAAGUUCAACCGUGAAGGUGAUUUGCUCUUUUCGUCCUCUAAGGAUACGAACUGCACGGCGUGCUGCUGGUACACCAAGACCGGCAAGCUGCUCGGCUCCUACACGACCGUCGGCCAGGUAGAAGGCCGAGGCCACGACGCGGCCAUGGUCGCCUUAGAUGUCAAUCGCGAGUCGACGCUGCUGGCCACCGCCAGUCUGGGCGAGGACGUCCUGCUGUGGAGCGUGGAGACGGGUGCGCUGCUCGGUUCGAUCAGCCGCAGCAUGUCCUCCGGCGUCAGCGUGGGUUUCUCGCACGAUGACACGAAGCUGAUGGUGGCGACGAAAGGUCGCGCCGGCACCCGUUCCGCCAUUCACGUGUACAACAUCCCAUUUGCCGUGCCGAAGGACGGCGAGGACAUUGCGCCGGCGAAGGCGCCCUUCACGACCUUCGCGUCCUUUGAGACAACUGACAUCAUCACGUGGGCCGCGUGGGGGCCGACGGACCGCACCAUCUACUACUCCGAGAGCGGCUUCAUGCACAUCCUGGACGUGGAGACGAGCCAGGUGAUCCGAAGCCGCGAGAUUCACGGCGACGGUGGUGUGAUCAACCGCUUCAGCUGGGAUCCGAACUACCUCACCCUGGCCACGGCCUCGACCGACAACACCUCCCACCUCGUAGACUACCGCGACUUCAGCGAGAUCCAGAUCUACGAGAGCGACGUCCCGGUCAACGACGUCUCGAUCAGCCCCAACGCCGACCACAUUAUCCUCGGUGGCGGCAUGGACGCUGCGGCGGUCACCACGCAGGGUGGUCAGUCGAUCUUCGAGGUGAAGUUCUUUCACAAGGUGCACGGCCACCAGCUCGGCCAGCUACGCUGCCACUUUGGUACCAUCACGGCCAUGUCCUUCCACCCGGACGGACGCGGGUUUGCUAGCGCUAGUUACGACGGUCUCAUUAAGCUGUACCGCUUUGGCGACUCCUACGACGCUGCGCCGGGCGCGAAGCCGCUGUGGACGCUGCGCGAGUAA